UUGGGCACAAAAUUUAAUAGUGCAUCUCACAAUAUUAUUAGCAAUCUUUGUCUUAAGCUAGGAUUUGAAAAAAUCCAAAAACUAGACGUGUUUUACAACCAGUCAAUUUUUAAGAUUUUUGGGACCAAGGUUGAUGCUAAACUUGGAGUGACCAAAGCAGACAAACUCAUACCGUUUUUGAAGGCUGUCGUCGGAAGAAAAUUCUGCCUGAAAGGAGACCGUCUUUUCUUUGAAACGGGGUUAAAAUUGGGCAAAAUCUUUGGACAGACAAGCCUGGUUGAAAAGUUUUUCCUUGGAGAUACACUGAGGGGAUAUAAAAAAGAAAGCAUAGGGCCAGUGAAUCAAAACAAAAAGAUAGGUGGAAACAGCUUUAUUGAAAUACGAAACAAGAUCGGAUUUUACAUUAACAAGUUUGAGGUAUUUGCAUUUAGCGACGUUGGUAUUAACUCGGUGAAGGGGCUUGGGGAAUGCUAUAGCAUUUUGAUGAACUUUGGAGAUAAUAAUUGUAUUGGAAAAUCCGUUGGAGUAGGAGUGUCCAUGAAAACCAGGAAGGGACCAUCGUUUAUCUUUGCAGUACCAUUGACUACUAGCCUGGACUGCGAAAAAUACGUUAUUGGGGUUGAUUUUGAAUUUUAA